CGCUACUCGCUCUAACCAAUGAGUAAGCCGUAACCAUCGGUCGGUGCCACACGCUAGCAUGCUGGCCGGCUGACUGUGAUAUUUAAAUACGUUUUUAAAAUUCGAAUCAAUUUUACAAAUAAUAUUAUUUCAGAACUCUUUCCAUAGCCUAAGUGUACUUAAAACACAUGUUUCUUUUUGAGGUUAAGCAUAAACAUUCCUGUGUGUGUGUGAAUUAGGACGUGAUAUUCUCGAACAAUUUUAUAUAAAAUCCACCAAAGAAAUGGAACAGAGGAAAGAAAUCAAUCUAGACUCGGUCCUCGAAAGCCUGAGACCGUACGGACGUUACAAUCUAUUGAAUUUCGUCCUGCUACUGUUCCCCGUACUAUUGAGCAGUUUCUACGAAUGUGGAUUCAUCUUCGAAGCGCAGGAACAGACGUACAGAUGCAAAGUGUUCGGCUGUGAUGGAAGAUACAAUGACACUUCUUGGGUUGAUUACGCUAUACCGAAAAAUAAAGAAAGGGAUCGACCGGAUUCCUGCAAAAGAUACGUGCCUUUAAACGUCACGGAAUUCCAAUGUACGCCUGAACAGUUCUCCAAUGAGACCAUGCCUUGUGAUGCCUAUGUUUAUGAACAGAGUCAGUCUCUCGUUGAAGAGUUUAAUUUAGGUUGUCAGGAAUGGAAAAGGGCGCUUGUAGGCACGGUGCACAAUUCCGGCAUGUUCGCAGCGAUGCUUGUGACCGGAGCGAUAUCUGACAGAUUCGGUCGUAGAGUUGCUGUGGGUAUGGCGGCCACGGCUAGUUUCAUAUUCGGCAUAGCAAGGGCAUUUGCUCCAGGAUAUCUGUCAUAUUUGACCUUGCACUUCUUGGAAGCUGGAUUUGGGGGUGGAUUAUACCCAUCCGCAUACGUUUUUGCGGUAGAGCUGGUCGGUCUAAAGCAACGGGUGAUUGUCUCAGCCAUGUGCAAUAUGACAUUCGUCGUCGGCGUCGUUCUGAUCGCCAUGCUCGCCUGGUUCGUCAACAACUGGAGAACCUACAUCCUCAUUCUGUACAGCCCCGCAAUCAUCGUUGGAAUAUACGUCUGGUUCAUGAACGAAAGCGCAAGAUGGCUGCUCAGCAAAGGGAAAAAAGACCAAGCGAUCAAAACAUUAAAGCGAGCUGCAAAAAUAAAUAAUUUAGAUCCACGCAAUUUAGAAUUAGACGCAUUAAGUGAUCCGUUGCUUAAAUCAGACAAUCAGACAGUUGACAAGAAAUCUCAGUUUUCAAAAGCGAUUCGUUCGAGUAUUAUUUGGAAGAGAUUAUUAAUAUGUUCGUUUCUGUGGUUAACAUGUUCGUUGGUUUAUUACGGGCUUUCGAUAAAUUCGGUGUCGUUGAGUGGUAAUAAAUACGUGAGCUUCAUGUUGGUGGUGUUGGUGGAAAUACCUGCGUACAUUGUGGUUGUUAUUGUGUUGGAUAAAUACGGUCGGAAGAAAACAAUGAUUACAACAUAUUUGACGUGCGCCGCAACGAGCUUGCUGUUUGCAUUUUUGCCGAGAUCGGAUUGGUGGUCCAUCCCGCUAUAUCUCAUUGGCAAGUGGAGCGUCACUCUCACGUACAGCUCCGUGUACAUCUACGUGUCUGAAGUGUUCCCGACUAACAUGAGGCAGACCCUUAUCAGCGUGUGCUCGACGGCUGGAAGAAUCGGAUCACUGAUUGCACCGUUGACGCCAUUACUGUCGGUGUAUCACAGAUCGAUGCCUACAGUCAUAUUCGGCGGCAUGUGCUUCUUAUCCAGUCUCUUGGUCAUAAUGUUACCAGAGACAAGAAACAUGAGACUACCAGACACCAUCGAAGAGGCGGAGGAACUAUCUCGAAUGAAAAGCAAAACUGAUACGUCAUAAUUAAUAUAAUGGUGCCUUUAUAAGCAUUUUGUAUAUUAUAUUAAGGCCGAUAGCCUUAUAAAUUGUAUUUUUUAUAAAAAUUUUAGUAAUAUAAAAAUC